UUGGAAGAGCCGGUGCCCCCUUCGCUUGGCCGGCCCUUGCAAGGAGACGAAGGGGAUCUCCUCCUCUGAGAUCUAGCCCAGGCAAAGAGAAGGGGGAUCACCCCCCCCCAGCCCCAUCGGAUCAGGGAUCCUCUUGGUCAGCCAAGUGCCCAAAAGCCGUACCAAAGGAGGCACUUUCCUUCCUCCCAGCCUCUCUGGACAAGGAUCUGGUGGAAAGGGAAAGAAGCCCAGGAGGAGAUCCAGGGGAGAGAUCCUAGAUCCCCCCUCUUUUCCCCCCAAGUGGGCGAUGCAAGAGAGAAACCUCACCCUUGGGAAGCCUGGCAGCAAGGCAUUGGCGGUGGAGAGAUCCCUUUCCUUGGAUCUACCGCAGAGAUCCCAGGAGGGGAUCGCAUGGGGGGACUGAGCAGGAGGAGCUAGGUCACCAGGAAGAGAGCCUUUGGAGGACCAGGCAGCAGGAAUAGAGAAGGUGUCACCAUGUGCCAGGGCGCUCCCUUUAAGCCUGGAAGAAGAGAUGGACCCUGCCUGAAUGGAACUGCUGCUUGAGCCUCAGCGGUUACAGCAUCUUCCCCUGUCCUUUGUUGUCAUCAUUUGUGUCUUCAGUUGUGUUUCCCCUUUCAUGUGGAGUUGUAUGGGGUUUGAUACAUGUACAUCCUUGGCCCUUCUUGUCCUCCGGAUCAUCUGGUGUAACCACUGUUACUUAUGGAAGAUGCUGGAAACCCUGGAGAAGCUACAUGGAUCUUAGCGGCAUCUUGCAGAUGAAGAAAAGAGCCAUGAGAAUGGCUUGGCUCUGGAUGGCAUGCCUCAUUGGUGUAGCAUCUUCCCUAGAAGAAAUUCUAUUGGAUACAACAGGUGAGACCUCUGAAAUUGGCUGGACAGUCCAUCCUCUUGGUGGGUGGGAUGAAGUGAGUGUCUUGGAUGAUAGGAAGCACCUGAUCCGAACCUUUGAGGUGUGUAAUGUUGCUGUGCCAGGACAGAACAACUGGCUACGUACUCACUUCAUAGAGCGUCGUGGAGCCCGCCGGGUCCAUAUUCGCCUUCGUUUUUCUGUACGUGACUGUGCUAGUAUGAGGACCGUGGCCUCUUCCUGUAAAGAGACUUUCACCCUUUACUAUCAUGAAUCAGAGGCAGAUGUGGCCACCCCGGAGCAUCCUGAAUGGCAUGAGGGCCCAUGGACCAAGGUGGAUACAAUUGCAGCUGAUGAGAGUUUCUCCCAGGUAGACAGCACUGGAAAGGUGGUGAAGAUGAAUGUGAAAGUGCGGAGCUUUGGGCCGCUCACCAAGAGAGGUUUCUAUUUGGCCUUCCAGGACUCAGGGGCUUGCAUGUCUCUGGUAGCUGUUCAGGUUUUCUUUUACAAGUGCCCAGCAGUGGUGAAAGGUUUUGCCUCAUUCCCGGAGACAUUUGCUGGAGGUGAAAGGACUUCACUGGUGGAGGCUCCAGGAACUUGUGUGGCGGAUGCAGAGGAAGCCAGCUCUACGGGCUCUGCUGGAGUGAGGUUGCAUUGCAAUGGGGAAGGCGAGUGGAUGGUGGCCAUUGGGAGAUGUGCGUGCCGCGCUGGCUAUGAGCCUGCAGAUGAUGAGAGAAUCUGCAAAGCUUGUACCAUUGGCACCUCCAAAGCAUCGGUAGGAGAUGCUCCCUGCAGUCCCUGCCCAGCCCACAGUUACUCUUCUACUCCAGGAUCCAGUGAAUGUGCCUGUCUGGCUCGAUACUACCGUUCAUCUUCAGAUAUAUCUGAUGCCCCCUGCACCAGUACCCCAACAGCUCCCCGUGACCUCAGCUAUGAGAUUAUUGGGUCCAAUGUUCUCCUGACCUGGCGCCUCCCUAAGGAUCUAGGGGGCCGAAAGGAUGUCUUCUUCAAUGUCAUCUGCAAGGUGUGCCCGACUGGAUCACCAGGGCCUUGUGUGCGUUGUGGAGACAGUGUCCAGUUUGAGCCACGUCAGGUGGGGCUGACAGAGAGCCGGGUUCAAGUUUCCAACCUCCUGGCCCGUGUGCAGUACACCUUUGAGAUCCAAGCUGUCAACCUUGUGACAGAGCUGAGUCCAGAUGCUCCGCAGUAUGCUUCCAUCAAUGUUAGCACCAGCCAGUCAGUCCCUUCUGCUGUUCCCAUGAUGCAUCAGGUGAGUCGGACAACAAGCAGCAUCACUUUGUCUUGGCCACAGCCUGAUCAACCAAAUGGAAUCAUCUUGGACUAUCAACUGCGCUAUUUUGACAAGUCAGAAGAUGAGGAUAAUUCAUUCACCCUUACCAGUGAGACUAAUAUGGCCACAAUAUCCAAUCUGAGCCCAGGGAAGAUAUAUGCCUUCCAAGUACGAGCACGGACAGCAGUGGGUUAUGGGCCAUACAGUGGAAAGAUGUAUUUCCAGACACUGGUGGGAGGUGAACGAUCUGAGAUGAUGCAGGACCGGUUGCCCCUUAUUGUAGGUUCAGCACUCGGUGGUCUGGCCUUCUUAGUAAUUGCUGCCAUUGCCAUCCUUGCCAUUGUCUUCAAGAGCAAGAGGCGAGAAACUCCCUACACAGACCGCUUGCAACAAUACAUCAGCACAAGGGGUCUUGGGGUCAAAUAUUACAUUGACCCCUCUACCUAUGAAGACCCCAAUGAAGCUAUUCGGGAAUUUGCCAAGGAAAUUGAUGUGUCUUUUGUCAAGAUUGAGGAGGUGAUUGGAUCAGGAGAGUUUGGAGAGGUUUGCUUUGGGCGCCUGAAGCCUCCAGGGAAGAGAGAAUAUACAGUAGCCAUCAAGACCUUGAAGGCUGGAUACACAGAUGAGCAACGUCGGGAAUUCCUGAGUGAAGCCAGCAUCAUGGGACAGUUUGAGCACCCAAAUGUCAUCCGUCUGGAGGGUGUAGUCACCAAGAGCCGGCCUGUCAUGAUUGUCACAGAGUUUAUGGAAAAUGGCUCUCUAGACUCCUUCCUCCGGCAAAAGGAAGGGCAGUUCAGUGUCCUGCAGCUAGUGGGCUUGCUGCGUGGCAUAGCAGCUGGCAUGCGCUACCUCUCAGACAUGAAUUAUGUCCACCGGGAUUUGGCUGCCCGCAACAUCUUGGUCAACAGCAACUUGGUUUGCAAGGUGUCAGAUUUCGGAUUGUCAAGAUUUUUGGAGGACGAUGCUUCAAAUCCAACAUACACAGGGGCCUUGGGUGGCAAGAUCCCCAUUCGCUGGACUGCCCCAGAGGCUAUACAGUAUCGCAAAUUCACAUCCUCAAGUGACGUCUGGAGCUAUGGGAUUGUGAUGUGGGAGGUCAUGUCCUAUGGUGAGAGGCCCUAUUGGGACAUGUCCAAUCAGGAUGUAAUCAAUGCUAUUGACCAGGACUAUCGCCUGCCACCUCCCCCAGAUUGUCCCACUGUUUUGCACCUGCUGAUGCUGGACUGCUGGCAGAAGGAAAGGGUCCAGAGGCCCAAAUUUGAGCAGAUUGUCAAUGCCCUGGACAAGAUGAUUCGUAAGCCAUCUGCCUUGAAAGCUACUGGCACAGGAAACAGCAGACCAUCCCAGCACCUGUUAAGCAACUCACCCCCAGAUUUCCCAUCACUCACCAAUGCCCACGAGUGGCUGGAUGCCAUUAAAAUGGGUCGCUACAAGGAGAACUUUGACCAGGCUGGCCUGACAACAUUUGAUGUCAUCUCCCGUAUGACUCUAGAAGACAUCCAGCGCAUUGGCAUUAGCCUGGUUGGUCAUCAGAAGAAGAUUCUCAACAGCAUCCAACUCAUGCGGGUUCACCUCAAUCAGCUCGAACCUGUCGAGGUCUGACACAGCAAGCAGAGCCCAACUGACCUGAAAGGAUCUGAAUAUUUCAAUGAACAUUUUAUUGCAAAAGGGAGACAGAGCAGCAUAUUUCAGGCACUGAGGGAGAGUGCGUGAAACAUCACUCCACAGAUUACAACCCUUGACAUUUUCUAGGUUUUUUUGUUUUUCUUCUUCCUUUAAAAAAAAAAAACAUUACUUGAGACACUGCAAAUCCUAUGGCAUUAGGUGGUGCAAAUCCUAUGGCAAUAGGUGGUGUUGUACAUUGGGGUGGGUGGACAGUUAGUACACAGGGUAGAGUGUAGCAUUGGAAAUGGAAAGGUACGUGCUGCCACAUGUAUGCCAAUAUAUAGGUUUGGAUCCAUUGCAGACUUGUCAAGUGGAUUGUGAUAUGGAUUGCCAGCAAAUCAGACAUCUUUUGAGCCAGAUCAGGCAAAACUGAGUUAAACUGAAAGCUGAACGACUGUGUGCCAAAAGAAAUCCCUUGGAAGUUUUUGUUCAGACCCUGGAAUUUAGAUUCAAGAAGAACAACACUACCACCUUCCUUUGUGCCGUUCUGGCAGAGACAGAUGUCCAGUGAAACAAAAUGGGAUGGAUACUGCCUCAACCUGUGAAUUUUGGGCACUAUUUUGGGUGGCAAAGUGAGGGAUGGACAGAUCUGCAAGACCAUAUGACAUUCCCCAGUUCAAUUGAGUAGGGCUUGUGCUGAACUUCAUAGCUAUUUGGGCCCUAUGUUAAGUGGGAUGGAGGGUGGAAACUGGAUUUUCAAACUCAGGCACCAUUUUGGAGCAGCCAUGGCUUCUAGGUUUAUACCUGGUUCCUUGAUGAGAGAACCAGGAUAGCGACUUCCUAGUUAUCAGAUAUGGUACAUGGAAGUUUGCCUGUUCAGAGAAUGGAGAGAAUUUGAAGUGUCCAAGUGGAUAUUCAGACCAGAGAAAAUGAAAUAAAACAUUUGACAGAGAAAAAAGUAUGUGCACAGGGCUUUAUUAGAUGGGGAUAGAGCCUGACAUUGACCUUGGGGCUAAAACAGAGCCAGUUCUUAAACUGAGGCAGAUUUAAAAGCAAAAUUGAUCACCUUCUCCAAUCUGCUGUUGAGAGAGACCACAUGGAACACAGGCAAUGUUGACAUAUACAGUAUAAUAACUCAUUGAACCACAGGAAGAGGAGAAAACAGGGUAAGUGAAACCCUUUCUGUCACAAUAAAGUGCAUCUUUCAAACACUAACGGCACUCUUCUAAGGUGGCGGAUGUGUAUUUUACGUGAGAUUGUCCUUCCUUCUAUAUUACGUAAGAGUGAAUGUCCAAAAUUGAGCAAAGUCAACAUUUACAGGAUGACAAUCCCAGAGCAAAGUCAUGAAUGUUAAGAUUUCUCCACUUUUUAGAUAUACAGUAAUGAAUACUGACUAUAGGGAUGUAUCAGUAUUCAUGUGUAUAUCUUUUCAGGUUUCAGAAUUUCAUAUGAUUUACUUGUAACUGUAAACAGAUAUCCCUGUUCCAUUUCUUAGCACUUUAUCUAAUGCACUGUUUCAUAUAAUGUGGAAAGAUUCAUUUUCAUUUUGUUCCUGGCCUAUACAGACAAUAACUGGGCUGUCAGUUUGGGUUAUUUUGAAGUACAUCAGAUGAGCAUACAGCAUUUCCUCUGCACAAAUGCCAUAAGAAAUUGUGAGUGAAAAGGAGAUGGUAUAGGAAUGGCUGUUUAAUUUGCAAAUAUGUGCACCAUCAGCUUUGUUAAAAUAUAUUUGUUUAAAACAUGUUAAAGUUUUUAUAAAAGUUGAAGAGAGCCAGGAAAUAGCAGAAUUCACAAAUGUUGGGCCAAGAAAUCUUUGGUACUCAAAAGGGAAUCCUGCAGUUAAUCUUGUUGUUUUUGUAAUUUCUCCCAUUUUUAUAGCUCUAGGUUACAGUCUGGGACAGAGCUAGGUUUGCUUAAACCCAAAGCUGGACUUUAAGUGCUAGAUUGUGUGGCCACAAAUCACAACAAAACAUGAACACAGAAAUCACAGUGUUAGGUGAGGUAUGAGGAAACCACCAGCAAUAUAUAAUAAAACAUUACUUUUUUAUACAAAAAAUGAA